AUGUCGACAUCCUCGUCGUCGUCUGACAAGACGACGCUUCUCGUCUCAGCAAUACAAGAUAUCCUUUUAGCGGAGCCGACAGGCCUGACCUCUCGGGAUAUCGCCCAUCGACUUGUUCUCAAACAGGCGCCUUACUCGACUCAGUCCUCGGGAUCAUUCAUCAAGCGAGUCCAACGGCUGCUCUCGGUCUACAACUCAGGCGUCAGAACGAACAAAGGCAGUUGUUUCCGCUACAACCACGACGCUGGCCUCUGGAUGAUCAACAGCUCUGAUAUGCCCUCGCCAAAGACCCCACCCAAAAAGCUGCCUUCAUUCCAGCUCUCUCGGAAUACAACCCAGACGACAACUACCAUGACCCCUUCGCAAAGCGAGUCGUCCUUGAGCGUCAUUUCAUCCGUCGUUGGCAGUUCGCUUACCACUGGUAUCAUGGAGCAAGUCAGCACCUGGAGGACUGGUCUUGACACGGAUGAUGAUGACGAGGCUAGUCUUGAAAUUGGUUCUUCCUAUCCUUCUUACCCAUCUCAAGUCUCAAGAGACGAGUCCUAUGCAAGUGGACAAAGCGGACGUUCUCUUUUGAAUGGUAUUGAGAUGCAACCAACACUCCAUCUCCAAUUCCCUCAGCAUCCUCUCGACCAACCCUUUCAAGAAUCAGACCUUUACCAUCCAUCUUCUUACAGCGACAUCAUGCCCCCACCUUCAUCAGGAUAUCGCAGACACUCCGUUUCGUCACACCAACAACGGCCGGCAUUCGGCAAGACCGUACGAAACAACCAAGAAGACCCUGCUGGCGACCAGUUUGUGCCCAAUAAUCGAUCUUCCUACCAUGGCAUGACAGCGGACCUCUUGGCACGGAGUAUGCGGCAACCUGAGGCCAGAGUCCAAGGCGGCAUGGCCAUUUCUGGCGAGCACCGGUCGAGUGAUCAAGGUUCCAACCAUGCACCAAUUAACAGGUCUGGAUUCCCUUCGCCUCAAACAAGUACGCCAUCGCCGAGGGCGCAGUCUGUCCAUGCAUUCGCUCAGCCUGGGUUCGCUCGCGGGGACCAAGGCGAGACUCAUCGUCGCCACUCGUCGACCCACUCUGCCCAGCUGAGACUGUCGCCGAACCAGCUGGAGGGCUCACGAUCUCGAGCGCAGAACCGGAGAAGCAUGGACGAUUUGGCCUAUGAUCAGGAUGAUCCGAUGCAACAGAGAGAGAUGUCUCGAUCUAUCCAUGCCCCUUCGCCUCGGCUAAUGAAGGAGGAUAUGCGCUUGCGUGACCUUGGAGCUUCACUGCAAAAAUCGCUUUCUUUUAAUGGUGAUGAUGACAGGUCGGACAUCCUUGAGGAGGCCGAGCCCUAUCCACCUCCUCAACGCCCAAUGCGCCCACACUCGGUCCGUCACCAUCCCUACCAGGCGCGACAGCGGAUGGAGCCGCCGCGAGGUCAACCAGUACGACCAGCGAGACCACCUCUUGACAACAUGUUUAGGGAUCGCAAGGGCAAAGGACGAGCAGCCGAACGGGGGGAGGACGACCGAGACUUGCUCUCCAAGACGCCUGUUCUUUUGAACGCCAUCAACACCAGCCAGACCAACAUUCUUUCAGAACUCCAGAACAUUCAGCGCGCCAACCAGGAAGAGAUCGCGCACUUUCGUGAAGAGAUCUACUCUUCGCUGCAGGUUGCAUUCACCAAACUGGCCGAUCAGGUGGAGGGUGUAGGUCGUUCAGUGGACACUGUCGAAAACACUCAGAAGGAUACAGUUCGACAGCUAGGAGAGAGCAUUGGAAAUGCUAUGGGUGAUGUUUUUCACAGGAUGACAGAGUCGCUCCAGCAGCAAAUGCAGCAGCAGUACCAACUUCACCAGCAGCAGCAACAGCAACAGCAGUCGUUCCAGAACUUUGGAUUUCCAUCCCGCCCUGCGUCAAUACGACAAGCGUCACCGUUUCCUUCUGGAGGAUCACUUCCCAACAGUUAUUCGUCAUCGCAAGGAGGGUUCAUUCAGACCGGAGGAGGAGCAGGCAAUCGAUCUAAUUUCGGCCAAGGAGGCCGGGAUGGCUGGAAGCGAGAGCAGGAGACAUAUCAGCAUCAGGACGAUGAUGAAGACGACGAAGAGACCUAUGGGCGUUUCAAGAGAAGAGCCGUUGAGCGUCCUCGGUCGACGUCUGGCUCGAGCAGAACGAUCACCAAGCCUCGCAAAGAGUUUGAGGAUUAG